UCGCUAGCUAAACAAACAUGGCUCUGCUACACUUUCGGAGUACGAACCUUUAUGAUGCGUAGAACAAAUGAAAAUUGGAGCUAUGUAAGGAUUAACAAGAAAUAAGUCAUGUUUGGUAUGACUGUUUAGAUUAAGUUGCUAUAUUAUUUGUGUUGGUAGCUCGGAGCACCCUUUUGUGUCCGUAUUUACACACAGCUAGCUCCAGAGUUGGCUAAUGUGAGCUAACAAGAUGGACCUUGGAACAAUGUUGUACAAUAAUUUGAAAGAUGUUACUUGGAGCUCAACGUCUUUACCUUUGGAUCAGCUUGUCAGUGCAUAUAAAAUGCCCCAAAUCGUCAAACUGGACAGCGGUCAGUUGGUUGAAGGCCUCAGAGACAACGACUACCUCUUGGUUCAUUCCUGUCGUCAGUGGACAACCAUCACUGCUCACAGUUUAGAGGAGGGACACUAUGUGAUUGGGCCCAAAAUAGAGAUCCCAGUGCAUUAUGAAGGUCAGUUUAAGCUGCUGGAGCAGGAUAGAGACAUCAAAGAGCCCGUACAGUACUUCAACAGUGUGGAAGAGGUGGCCAAAGCAUUCCCUGAAAGGGUGUACGUCAUGGAAGAUAUCUCCUUCAAUGUUAAGAUGGCUUCAGGGGAAUGCAAUGAAGACAUGGAGGUUUACAACAUAGCACUAAGCACCGCUGAUGAGCUGACAUUAAUGGGACAAGCUGAGCUCCUCUAUGCCAAGAGCUUCAAGGAAAAAUCAAGACUCAACACUAUUUUUAAGAAGAUCGGGAAGCUUAACUCGAUCAGUAAGAUCGGUCGAAGCAAGAUGCCCUGCUUGAUUUGCAUGAACCAUCGCACAAACGAGAGCGUCAGCCUGCCCUUUCAGUGUAAAGGCCUCUUCAGCACCUGCAGUCCUCUGGAGCUUCAAAUGCAGGACGGCGAGCACACCAUCAGGAACAUUGUGGAGAAAACCCGACUCCCAGUAAAUGUUAUAGUACCCAGCAGUCCGCCCCGCAACCAGUAUGACCUCCACCUCAUUCGGGAGGGCCAUCGCUACAAACUGGUGAAUAUUCAGACGAAGACCGUGGUUGUGUGCUGCAUCCUGCGAAGCGACAAAAUCAUCCCCAUCCAUUUUCCCCUUCACAUGGCCACGCCAAGGUUUAUUGUUCCAGAAGGACUGCUGCUAGGGGAGCUGUGGUCAGAGAGCAUGGGGCAACGCUGGUUCUCCUUCUGCCAGGAACAGUUUGAUAUAGAUGACUACUCUCGAGCCGUCCGAGACGUUCGAACCGACUGGAAUGACGAUGGCAAAAGUCCCAAGAAAAGCAGUGGUAAUGGCAACUGUGGUGGGGGCAGCUCCAAUGGCUGCCCCAGCCACAUGCAGAUCCCCAGCUCUUUAACAUAUGCACGUGACGAACUCACACAGUCUUUCCACCGACUAUCAGUGUGUGUUUAUGGCAGCAAUCUCCAUGGAAACAGUGAGGUCAACUUGCAGGGAUGCACGAUGGUAUAUGGAGAUCAAGCUGUUCUCGGUUCGGAUGGCAGUUAUUCAGAAUCAGGAGAGAACGAUCUGUCGUACCCGCAGCUGCUGGGCAGCACAACCCAACAGCCCUACAUGAACAAGCUGGAUGUUUCCUAUGAGGAGCUGUGGUUGGAUAGCUCCAAAGAGCAGAAAUCCUCCUCAAUUGAAGGAACAAGAGGCCUCAACAAUGGCUGCUCUACUACAGCUGCACUCUCUUACCAGGUCUCAUGUCCUCUUGGUGCCAUAACCAGCUUAGAUGUGCCUCUCACACCUCCACCAGUCCCACCGAAGUCUGAAGCUGUGAAGGAGGAAUGUCGUCUUCUCAACGCUGCUCCACCUGUUCCUCCUAGAAGUAUGAAGCAGCUGCCAUCUUUACCCAUCCAGUUAAAGCCACGGCAGCAGGAUGCACGCUCUCCAAGUCCAACCCUCUCGUAUUAUUCUUCUGGCCUCCAUAACAUUAGCGGAGCAAGUGAUCAAGACGGAGCUGAGAUGGAGGAGCCUACCCAUGUCUGCCACCCUUGUAACUGGAGUAAAUCCAGCUCCACCGAACCCCGUGCUGCUUCACCCUGCUCCAUCCUGCUGCCAGGUGGCAUCUCCCCACGCUUGUCUUGGCCGAAUAACUUCAGCGGAGGAGACUCGAGCUGCACGGAGGAAUUUCUGCCUUCAGGUUGUCGGAGUUACUACAGUUACCCCAGAAAAAGGUCCCCCAGUACCACCAAAACCUGCACACCCAGCCUUGUUGACGCCGAUGGCCGGGAGCACGCCCACUGCACCAAGGAGUUCAGCUCGCAGAGAGCCUCCUUGAACCAGAUCUGUACCAAAUCUUCUAGUUACAAUUCAGAAAUGUACAGAGACAAGCCGAUAGAAGAGUCUGACGCUAAGCAGAGCAUCUCCUGUCCUAUCCUCCCACCAAGAACACUCAAAUCCGACUCUAUAAAGAAGUUAUUGGAUUCACCUGUGAGUGACACCUUUCAGGAAAUGCUAAACUCUUCACCUGUUCAACACAACUCCUCUCCUACAGAGUGGCAGCCACCGCUCAACUUGACUGGUGUUUCUAUCGAAGAGGUGUCCAGAUGUCUGAAGUUCAUCGGCCUGCCGGAUGACAUCGUUUCUCUGUUUGUGUCUGAGAAGAUCGACGGGAAUCUAUUUCUGCAGCUCACCGAGGAGAUUUUGUCCGAGGACUUCAAACUAAGCAAACUACAAGUGAAGAAACUCCUGCAGUUCAUAAACGGAUGGAGACCCAAGAUAUAAAAGUAUAAAACACUAAAUCAUGUUAAGAAGCUACGAACAGCAUGCCCUCAGUAUAUCUGCUAUGCACAUCCACACACAAAGAAGCUUUUUGGAGUCUAAUAUGAACUUUCUUCUGCGUUAAUGAAAUGUGGAGAAGAUGCUGUGCUUGAGUAAUCGCCCACUUAAAGGUGUGGAACACUGAAAAAACACUUUUUAUUGGUUAUUUCUGAAAACCAGUCACUCUAGAGUGUUCAUGCAGGCUGAACAUGAAAAUAGUCUCCUACACCUAUCUCCUGCAUUAGCUUCUGAUAGACGGUGAAACUCUAGGAUUAGAAAAUCCUGACAGAUCUACGUCACACAGUCACUUAACAUUCAUGGACUCACCCAUCUCGACUCAUGACGGGGAAGGCUGUUGUUUAACAUCCAGGAACCAGUAGAGAACGUCUCGGCUAUUAUGAGCUAACUGUUAGCAUUAGCAGCUUCACCACACAGCAGAACUCCUUCAGGCUUGAGUUAUUUGUGGAGAUGAAACAAAAUGUAUUGAUCCAACGAGUGUCCCACACUUUUAAAUGAACAAACAUUUGACACAGUUUUAGUUUAAACCACAGAAAAUUAAGGCUUAUGUUAUUUUACCAAACUGAAUUCAGCAAAACAAAUCUGAAACUUAAAGGAGGUGAGUAUACAGGCACAGUCUACAUUCAAGGGGAAUUUCACAAAGUUGAGUUAAAAUCAUUUUUGCAACGUUUAAUACACAAAAAGCUAUUUAAACAGGUUAGAUGUGAUAAUCAAUAAUGGUAUUUUUCAUUGUAAAAGGUUUCAAAUGACAAGCUCACAUCCACAAAAUGCUAAUCUAUGGCUCCAUGAUGGUUUUUGUGUGUGUGUGUGGUUUUUGUUUCUAAAGGUCAGGGAUGCAACGUUACUGUUUAAAUCUAUAACAUGAAUUUAAUCGGUUUAAUUCACUGCUGCUGCUAACAAAUUGUCUGUUUUUUCUGUGCUGCAGAACAGUCAGAAAUGAGAGGAGCUGUGGCAGUUAAAUAUAUCAAAAAAGAGCUUAAAGAAGCUAUUUUUAAGAACGCAUGUGUGUAAAAAUGAUAAAUGGUACUAUCCUAUCGGCUGCUGACAGCUUCCUGAGCAACAGAGAAACUGGGUUUCAGUCCUGCUAGACUGAUAAGCUGAAAGCUAGCUCUAAAACUUGUUGCUGUGUUCUUAAAACUAUCUUUUAAACAUUUUCUAAAGUUUCGCAGCAGUUCAUCUAGUGUUUCAUAAACCUUUAAAGUUGUUUUUCUGGGCAGAAAUAUGAAGAAAGUGAUAAUUACGCUUAAAUAUAGCCAGUAAAAUCCACGUAAAGAACAAUUUAAUGCAGAACCGACAGUUGAAAAGGUUUAUAAGAUAACAUUUGUGUGGACUGCUGUGAAGUUAUAUAGAUUUGAGCUGUUUUAGGACAGCACCAAAACUUGUCGAUCUCUGCUUUGCUCAGGCUAGCAGUUAGCUCAUCAAUCUGCUCGGAUGUGAACCGUUUCUCCAAACAGAGGCCGUUCAGGAAGCUCUCUGCACAAGAUGAGGUCACGUUUACACAGAAACACACUUCAGGAGGGCCAAAUGUCCGUUUAAAAAGAAAAAGCAAAAUGAACAAAACAUUUUAUCUGAUGGCUUUCCAAUCUUUGUUUUUGAGAACUCAUGAAACCUUCAGCUGAAUCCAAUGACUACAUUUUCUCUUAGCUGCAACAAGAUUAACGCAGAAAACUCGUUAUGCAAGGUCUGGUUUGUGUUUGACGCCUUUUUUGACAUGAUGAAUUCUACCUGCUUUAACUUUAGAUCUCAGACAAAACAGGCCUAAAAAGUUCUGCCCCGACUCUGACGCUAACCGGUGAAACAGACCGCAGUGCCCUUCAUAAAAUACAGUUUAUGCAUCAUGCACUUUGGCAGAUUAUAGAAAAAUAACUGCAGUUGUGGCGGCUAAAUAUAACCCUGUUAAAGUGUCCGUCACAAGUAAAUGCACUACUUUUUUUUCUUUUAAUUGCAAUGGUACUUCUGUUUUUGUGAGAUCGUAUUACAAGUGUCCUCUAAUGCAAGGCAUUUCUCUGCGCCUUAACCCAAAGCCCUUAAGAUGUUUUACUUUAUCUAAACUUUAAAAGAGUCAGCCAGUUUGACGAUGUCAGACAUCGAUACACACACUGAAGAGGCACUGAAGCUAAAACUCGGUGGUUUGUUGUUUAAAGUGCCAUUUUGUAACGAUUUUCUGUUGAUGUGAUUCAGAAUUGACCCGUUUCUGUUUUAAGAUGCAGAGCCGAGCUUCACUCUCAGCGUCUGUAACUGGUAUCUGGACUGUUUGGUCCCUUAUCUCCUCUAUAAGAACACUUACUGCCAUGGGUUGUUACACUUUUACUUGAUACUUUUAUUCUUUAUGUAAAUAAUUUUUAAUGGAAAAUUACUACUAAUGUUGAGAAUAUUUUUUAUGGAGAAAAAGGUUCAAAUAUCUGUUUUUUUACUCCUAAAUGUGGAGUUUCUCGGUCACAUGACGUAUAAUAAAACAUAGCUUCAGCUGUACUGACUGCAGAUUUCCACCAAGUUUGUUCAUAAUAUCCAUGUUUUUAUUGUGCGGUGGCCUUUGUGUGUUCAAAUUAUUUCAUGGCAGAAAAUGUUUUAUGCAAUAACCAUGGCAACUGCAAAAAGACCAUGUGAGGAACAACAAAUUAAUGGAGAGUAUUAUGCUAAAGCAGUCACAGUGUUGAUUUGUGAAUGUGAGAGGAUCCUCUAGCAGCUCUAAGAUCUGAACAAGCGUUUCUAACAACCCACCGACACAGAAGGAUGCGGUGUGUUGGUGCUGGCUCUGGACUGAGGUUUGCUUUAAUUAUGGUCCUUUGUGUCCAAAAACAACAAAAACGGAUUGAAGACUGUGCUGCUGCAUUAAGCAGCAUUACUGAUAAUGUGUUAUGAAGUUAUUGUUCAGUUAAACUGUUGUUUCCCUAUUUUUGACGAUGUAAUCUAUUAAAAAAUGGAUUAAC